GGCAGCCGCCGGCCACUCCAAGAGGGACCGCCUGGCCACUGGGUGGUCGAGAGGACCUUGUGGGCACAUCCGCCGGUGCGCUGACCCCGCCCGGUACGUUUCGGAGGUCGGGGCGCAUCUGCAGGGGGGCACCUGGGACCCAGCGCCGCCUCUGUCGACCCCCGGGGUGCCCCUGGAUGGCUGAGCUGUCCCCUCGCCGGCUGCUCGGGCGCCGCAGCGGCUGAGCUCCCUGGGAUCGCCGGGCCGCCGCCGCCCUCGCCAUCCCCUGCAUGCCCGGUGCCCGGGUCGCGGCCCACCUGGACGCACUGGGCCCCCUGGUCCCCUCCGUGCCGCCACCGCUGUUGCCCUCUAUGUUCUACGUGGGCCUGUUUUUCGUCAAUGUGCUAAUCCUGUACUACGCCUUCCUCAUGGAGUACAUCGUCCUCAACGUGGGCCUUGUCUUUCUGCCCGAGGACAUGGACCAGGCGCUCGUGGACCUCGGCGUGCUCUCCGACCCCGGCUCUGGCCUCUACGAUGCUGAUUCGGAGCUCGACGUCUUCGACGCGUACUUGGAAUAGAGUCUUAACUGCCAUUCCCCCUUCCCGUCUACGAGCCGCAACCCUCGGGGCUGAACCAACUGCCCAUAUCAUGCCGCCACUGCUGGUUCGGGGCACCGUCUGGAUGGGGAUGGAACCCCAGGACGAGGCUCUUCCCUGCUUCCGAGGCCUAGACAGAGUCUCACUUUACCGCCUUCAGUAGAGUGCCAUGACGUCACAGGACUCACAGCAACCUCCAGCUCUUGGGCUUCCGCGAUUCUUCUGCCUCAGCCUCCCGAGCAGCUGGGACUACAGGCACCCGCCACAAUGCCUGGCUAUUUUUUGGUUGCAGUUCAGCCGAGGCUGGGUUUGAACCCGCCACCCUCGGUAUAUGGGGCUGGUACCCUACUCACUGAGCCACAGGCGCUACCCAAAAAAACUUUUUAAGAAUUAGAGACGGGGUCUUAUUAUGUUGCCCAGGUUGGCUUUGAACUCCUAGGUGUUAAGUGAUCCUCCCACUUCAGCUUUCCAAGUAGCUGAGAGUAAAACGGGCUUCUGCUAAGUUUCACAGGCUAGAGGUAUCCAUCUGGAGUUAAUGAUUUCAUUUUCAUUGUAUUUUUAACGUCGCCUUCUGUUUAUGACAAAUUAUGUUUGUUUGUUUUUAAUUCGCAAUAGUGAUAUAAAGGUUCCUUUUAAAUAUUUGAGUUUUAAAAAGUGCUGCCUGUCCUAUUUAAAAUGCUAAGUAAAUAAUAGUCCAGGUGGUUCUUGGAUGUAGCCAGACGUGGAUAAAGGUGUUUGGCAAAAUGCCGUUCUCUGGAAGGCCUUAUGGAGUCUUGGUGUUACAGGCCAUCGUGCCCAACUUCUCCUCUUCUUUGUGAAUUUAUUUUAAAAAGAGUUUUUAUGUCACUGUAAAGAGAAAACUAUUACCACUUGGUAUGGAAAAAAAGAUAGUGAGUGCCACAGUUGUUAAGUUUUGGCCAAGUACUGAAGCCAGCUAAGGACCGAGGGCCCAUAUGACCUGUUCCCUCUUUGUUGAAAAGAGAGCUUCGUCACUGCCAGGAGAUAAAGCUAUACCAGCACCAAACUGGAACUUUCUCCUUUAAGUAAUCAUAAGGAUCAAUCAAGAACUGAGAAGUGAAUCACUUGUUCACUGAGUAUGUGGCCACAUCCAUGUACCCACUAAAAUUGUUGCCUUAGAGGCUUUGGAGUCAGAUACAUUUUAUUUUAAAUCUUAGCUCCACCAACACCUCUGACAAGUGACUUCACCUCCCCAAGCCUCAGUCUCCUCUGUAAAAUAGGGAUAACAGCAAUAACUGCCUAUAGACUUGUGCAUAUUAUUUUUUGAGACAGGGUCUCACUCUCUUGCCCAGACUAGAAUGCAGUGGUAUCAUAGCUCACUGUACCCUUAAACUCCUCAGUUUAAGUGAUCCUCCUCCCUCAGCCUCCCGAGUAGCUGAGUAGCUAGGACUACAGGUGUCCGCCGCCAUGGCUGGCUAAUUUUUUUUCUAUUUUUGUAGAGACAGGGUCUUGCUCUUGCUCAGGCUGAUCUUGAGCUCUUGACCUCAAGCCAUCCUCCUGCCAAGUAUCUAGGAUUAUAGGCACGAGCCACCAAGCCCUGCUUGUGCAAAUUAUUAAUAGAUGGAAUGGGAUGGUGGAUGGCAUGUGGUCACUGCUUAAUUAAUGAUGUAGUCAGUGUUCAUGGUGUGGCAGACCUAGAGGGGCUCCAGCCCAGGAAGCCCUUCCCCUUUCCUAGGGCACCCUUACUCUUGACAGCCAGUCACCAAAGAGGGUGUGUCUAUGUGGGCAGCCUUUGAAGCAGAUUAAGGGUGGGGAUAAUUGGUACCCUGUGAGUCCAGAGUGAUGCGGUACCUCUCAGCUGUGAUCCAGUGUCCCAAGCCUGGGGUGGAUGGAGCUUAUGCCAGUAAGACUUCAUUCUUGGGAUUCUUUCCUGGCAGGGGGCUUGGCUGGGUGGUUAAAAAUAACUGCCUUUCCCACCUCUCACAUCUCCAUAGCUUCCCCUGAGCUUCAGUGAUGCUGACUGAGCAGGAUUGCAUUAGACAAGGAGGGAAACUGAGGCUUAGGGAGGUUCCAUGACUCACCCCAGAUACCCAUCUAUGAGGUGACAGUGUUGGGCCUCCUGGCUACACACCCUGUCCCAGGGAGGCAGUGAAUACAUGGUGGCAGGAGCCAGAGGGAGAUGGGCUUUCAGGGCCCCUGAGGCCUCCUGAACAUUUACUACUUUCCCCUUUUGACUGGCUUCUGGCUCAGUUUUGCAGGCCAGGGGUAUCGUGCUAGAUUAAUGGUUUCAUUUUCACUGUAUUUUUAGCAUUGCCUUCUGUUUAUGACAAACGAUGGUGGUUUGUACUCAUGAUAGUGACAUAAAUUCUAAGUAAAUCAUAGUCCAGGUGGUUCCUGGGUGUGGCCACACUUCAAUGAAAGUGUUAGGCAAAUGCUACCCCUCGAAAGGUCUCACAGAGUCUUGGGCAGUGACCAGCCAGAGGCACAUUGUGUGGACCAAGGGUCUUCACAAAGAAAUGAGCAGUGGGUUUCUAAAAGGCAAGGUCUUCAGAGCAGGGAAAGUGCUGCUGCUUUCAGAAGGCCCUGGCCCUGAAAAAGCUUCACUGGACUAUUGAUUUCCACUUGGGAACAGGUGGGGAUAAGGAGGGACAGAGGCACCAUGUACUGGGUAUUACCAGGCACUUAACUGAGAUUAACUGCACAUGGAGGGGACAUCGUCCCCAUUUCCAGAUGAGGAAAUAGGCCCAGAGAGAUUGGGUGACUUGCCUGGGGUCAAACAGUGAGGAAGGGAUAAGCUGAGAUUAGCCCAGACAUGCUGAUUCCAGAACUUACUCCCAGGGAAUAGGACAGUGGGCCGCUGAACUGCAGGAAAGAAUCCCCAGAGCAUCACCCACCAGCUCCUGUAAGAUGCUAGGGCCGUUUUCUCACUUAAGCCAAAUUCUGAACCAGGCAGCUUCUCUGCAGAGAUAUCGAGCUGAGACAUUGCUCCUUAAAGUGGAUCGAGUACUGACUAUAGGAGCAAGCCAGUCAGGCACUCAAUCUGCAUAACGCCAGGCAGUGACCUGGAAUGAAAGGUUAG